AUGUCAUCAUCGGAUAAAAUAACAAUAUAUAUUGAUACAGAAGAUAAGAAUUAUAAUUUCCAUGGUUAUAUACCUGAAUUAUCAAUUAAUUCAUUUAUUUCGACAACAAAAACAAAUUCUUUGAAUUUAGAACAAGAAAGAAAAUCUUCAUCAGUUUAUGAUAAAAUAUUUCAUGUAAAAUCUGAAUUUAAUCCUAAAUCUCAUCGAGAUGAUCGACAACAUUCAAAAUUUCUUGGAUUAAAUCAAUCAAAAGAAGAAAAAGAAAAAUCUUAUCCAAGUCGUUCAUCAUCAGAAUAUGGUCGUCGAUAUAAUGAAUAUACUAAUUCCAAUGAUCGAUCUCAUGUUAAAAUUGAACAUGUUAAAAAAGAUUUCUAUAGAAAUAAUGAUUUUACUCUUCAAUAA